AUGGCUUUAGUUUUCCUGAAAUGGAGAUUGCGGAAGAGUUAUGUUGCUAUGGCACCGGAAACAAGUGAUGGUGUUGCUGAUAUCUUAACAGCCGAAUCCUUACAGUAUAGCUUAACUGAAAUUCAAAUUGCCACAAAUAACUUCUCAGUGGAUAACAAAAUUGGCGAAGGUGGAUUUGGUCGUGUAUACAAGGCUUGGAACCAUUGGAGACGCGGCCAAACUUUAGCUCUUUUGGAUUCAAGCAUUGGAGAUUCUUAUGCCAGAAAUGAAGUCAUUCAAUGCAUCCAAGUUGGCUUACUAUGUGUUGAAGAAGAUGCCAGUAAAAGACCCACAAUGGCUUCCGUGGUCUGCAUGCUCAAUCCUGGUUCUGUUUCCCUACCAACUCCACAUCGUCCGGCAGUUUUCCGGAGCAAUGGAUCGGAGAGCAGGGUAGACGAGCUGAAAGUUGAUCAAUCCAACACUAAGAGAAUUUCAGCUCCAAGCUCUGUCAAUGAUGCAUCAAUUACUGAACCAUAUCCCAGAUGA